AUGGUCCUCAACGAUGAAGCAAAAAAUAUUGCCUAAAAUAUGUGAUAUUUGAACAGGUGGAAGUGAUUUUUGAAAACAGAUUUUAAGGAAACCAAAUAUAGAUAAGACAGCACAGCACAGAGUGAGAAAGAGUCAGAGAUAAACUGAGUGUGUUAAUGCUUAGAUUGCACUUAAAUAGUGACAUAGAUUGCAUUGUAUCUCUCUUAUUAAUAAAUUCUCACUCUUUCAUAAACAUUAAUUCAUCUCUUUACAUUUUUUAUAUUGAACAAUGAUGAUGUGUCUUUGAGUGUUGAAAUGUUUUGUGCUUGAAGCACUUGCAUACUGUUUCUCUUCUUCUGUUUGAUAGUAACAAGAAAAAGUAUGGAUAUUUCUGAAUGUACAAGGAUUGUUUUAGAUAAAAUUCAAAGAUUUGAGCCAGAACAUGCUACGAAGAUCAUUGGAUAUCUCCUUAUGCAAGAUAACGGCGAGCAAGAGAUUGCUAAAUUAGCUUCAUUUCCGGAUAAUUUGAUCCGUGAAGUUGCCCUUAAGGCCAGAACUGAGCUUCAAAAGAUGGCUACCAGAUCGGUAAUCUCGUCCGGAAAUUCUUCACCGGCAAGUUUUCAGGUUCACUCUCCCUAUUACAAUCAUGGUAAUACUAGUCCAGAAUUUAUGACAAUAGGCACCACUGAACAUCAAACCCAUACUGCAUUGUUCGGUUCAGAGAAUCAUCAUCACGUAGAUAGUGUAAAUUCUACUACUGAUAACUAUGAUUGCUAUAAUUACUACUUAGAAUAUGCUUCAGCCGUAGCUAAUUUGAAUGGAAAAAUCAGUAAAAGGUUUUCAAACAUGACUGAAUUUCCAUUCAAAACAUGUCACUAUUUCAGCAAAGGAUAUUGCAGGCAUGGAAAUAGUUGUAGGUUCUAUCAUCAUGGACAAGCUGUUUCUGACAUAGUCUCUCAUAUGUAUGGAAACGACGCUGCUGCUAACGACGAACAAGCGAUUUCGCCAGGAUCACUGGCGCAACUAGAGUCGGAAAUCGUCGAUCUCUUAAAACAAAGAGGAAAUCCUAUAUCAAUUGCUUCACUUCCAAUGGCAUACUAUGAUAAGUAUAAAAAGGUGUUACAAGCAGAAGGUUACCUAGCUGAGAGCCAACGACAUGGCAAGUCCGGCUACAAUUUGACCAAGCUUCUUAUCCGAUUGCGAAAUAGUAUUCGGCUAAUUGACAGGCCUCAUGGGCAGCAUGCGGUGGUUUUGGCGGAAGAUGCGCCGAAAUUCAUGGGAAAGGCAGAUUGUCAAAAUAUCAGUGCAUCACAACAAAUUUACUUGACAUUUCCAGCUGAUAGCACUUUCUCAGAGGAGGAUGUAUCAAACUACUUUGGUACUUUUGGAUCUGUUGAAGAUGUAAGGAUUCCAUGCCAGCAGAGAAGGAUGUUUGGAUUUGUGACAUUUGUUGAACCAGAAACUGUUAAAAUGAUUUUGGAUAAGGGAAAUCCUCAUUAUGUUCGAGGAUCUCGGGUUCUUGUGAAACCAUACAAGGAGAAGCCAAAACUUAUUGACAGGAAGUAUCCAUAUAGAGUUGAGCAUCAUGUCUGUUAUUCACCGCGCUAUGCAGACAUCGACGCUGAAAUCGCUUCAAGUCCAAGAAGCUGUGGCAAUCCGCGGUAUCUGACAAGGCUUCUCCUCGAAGAACAAGACCGAAUCUUUGAAUUGCAGAGAAGGCGUCUUGCACUGUUGCAAAUAGCCCAAAAAUCUUUGUCUAGUCCACCCCAUUUUGGCAUCAACAUGAAUGCAUCAAGAGUUUCAGACGAUCAUUUCAAUGUCCAGGCUACUGAAUCUUUUAGUUAUCUACAAAACGAGCAAGCCGAGUACACAGAUGCCAAUAACUCCGAUAAGGACAGCAGUGAAGGACUGAAUCUCCCGGACAGCCCGUUUUCGUUUCGAAUAGACACCGGAAUUUCAGCAAUGAUGUAGUUUCAGAAACACCAGCAAUAGACAUCUACGGUCUGUUUGUUUAAGAUUCUUAAAAAAAUCAUUUAUGAUGUUUUAGUUAUGCUCAUGUGUAGGCUUUUUUUUAAAAAAUCAUUUUAAUAUAUAUAAUUUAGAUAUUAUUUUUCAUAGAUUUUUAAGAAAAGUAUACAAAUUUGUGUUUGUUUAAAAUUAUAUAUAAAAAAAAUCGUAUUUCUUUCUUCGGUUAAAAAAUUACUUUCCUCAAAAGCUAAUCCAAAUAACUUUUCAUUUUUCAUGAUAAGAAUCAUUUUUAAAGAAAGCUUACACACAAACAUAACUAAAUACUGAAACGAUUUUUUAAAAAAUCUUAAACAAACAGUCCCAUAUAGCUGACUCAGUUUCAGACAUAACAGCUGACCUCUUUUCUCAACAAGCUAUUCAGUUUACUCAAAGAACGGUUUUUUCGCGCAACUGAAUCGUUGGAAUUAACAACUUAUUGAUGUAAGAUCUUCUUACAUGUUAUAGUUUUUAGUUACAAAAGCAAAAGGUUUGGUUUCUAGGAGAUUAUGCAAUUUUUAGUAGUAGCUUGCAUUACAAGUUUCAUCUUUGGAUGAAAGGAACUAGGUGGUAUGUUAUUAUUUCUAUCUACUAUAGAUUUCAUUAGAUAUUUUAGGAUAUUUUGGCAAUUUGUGCCUAUGGACUAUGGAGUGAAAGGGGUAACCAAUUACUCUUUGAUUUUUUCAGUAAGAUAACAAUAAUCUAUACUUAGAUAGUUAUGUAUGUUUUUUAUUAUUUAAAUGUUUUUUGAUGGUUAA